GCAAGGGGGAUUUACAAAUCCACCUUGCAUCAUAAUUCUUCGACCUUAGGAUUUUUGAUAACAAUGGAACCAUGUUAUCUGAUCUUUGCGUAUUAUUUCCAUGUUCUAUUAUGUCUACUAUGAUUAUUUCCCUGCACAUUAUUAUUUUUUAAGUUACAUUGUGUUAUCAAUUAUCACUAUAUAAUUUAAUGUUUGUGCUGUAGUAGGUGUCUGGUGUUUAAACUUUAUUUUUAUUUUGUACUUAAAUUGUAAAUUGGUUUGGUGUAACAGCGAACUUAUUGCUGAAAUAUAAUAGUAUAUUUAUUCACAUUUAUGACGAAUGUACAGCUAGUGAUUUUGGUUGAUGGAUUUAACCAGAUUAAUCCGUAGUAGUAAGUAACAAAAAUUAAACAUUGAUUAAGAGUUAAAAGUGGACACCUAUAACAUUUUUGAAACCCAACGUUUAUAGUAUAAUGUAAAUAAUUUUGAAUUAAAAUAUCUUGUACUUGAAAAUUUUCUUUACUACAUCAUGGCAACCGUUGAAGAAAUUGACGAAGCUGAACAACUUAGAUUCUUAGCAUUAAAAUCUAUGGUGAGAAGGUCCAGCAAAAAAAAAAAUAAUUCUAACACUGAUAAUGAUGAUCAAGAUAUAUUAUUACUAAGAGCAGCUGCGCUAAAGACAAUUAACAAUAAAAGUUCUCUAGGUAAUAAAGAUGAAAAGCUUGGUAAACAUACAUUAAUAAAUGAAAAAAAAAGAAGUAUAAGUAGCCAGGUGUCUCCAUUAGCAAGUAAAAAAACCAUCAAACUGACUGAUAUGAAAAAUAAUAAUUUGGCUAACAAUUUUACUAGCAAUACUAGUAUAGGAAAUACCAUAAGAGUUUCAAAAAAUGAUCCUCAACAAGAAAGUAAAAGUAAGCAUAAGCUUGAAUCAAACAUUGAAUCUCAAAGUAAUCCUGAAGUUAUCAAUAAAGAUGACACAAAAAAAGUUAUAAGAAAUGGUAGUAUUCAGCUUUCAAAUUUGGAUUCAGAAAAGUUUAAUGAAACUAUGAUAUUACGUAUAACGUUUAGUUCAUCAGAAAGUGAUGAUUCGUCAAGUGAAUGUGAUGUAGUUAAAAAUAAGGUAACGCAGAAGAAGGAUGUUAACAAUGGUGCAUUAAAAUCACCAGUUCCAACACUAAAUGUUGUAGACAACCAUGUUGAGGCUACUGACUCUAAAUCAUUAGAAGAUAAUAAAUUAAAAGUGAAUAAUUGUAUGCAACAAAUAUGUGUACUUAUGAGACAUUGUGAAUCAGAAAUUGAAAAACGUAACCAACAAGUAGAAAUAUUACUACAAGCAUAUGAAAAAUAUCAAAACUAUAGUGAGUCAUUGCGUUCCAUACUUCGGUCAAUGAAAACAGUCCGUGAUGAAUUGUCGUUAUAUAGUUCUGCUGACCAUUAGUAUCAUUGAAGCCCAAGUUCAAAAUCUUACUAACUAAAAAAAAAUUAUUUUAUGGUUAUUAUUUGUAUUUGUUUUUAUUGGGUAUCUUAAAAUAUACUACUUGUUUUUAUCCAAUUACAUACAAAUUCAGUAUGGCUGGGUAUUGUGGUUAGCAAUAUUCAUAAUCGUCAUUGUAAAUAGCUUUUUUGCUUACAAUAAAUAAUGUAUAGAUUCCAAGUUAUAAAAUAUGUUAUUGUCAUUGCCAUAAUGCCAUAAGUGUAUAUUUAGUGUAUAUUAUAAUGGUUAAGAUUUUUAAUAUUUUAAAUAUUGUAUAUAAUAUAUUGAAUUAAUAUUGAGUUUCCAUUUGUAAUAUAUUGGCCAUUGUCUGUGAAUAAAUUACAUUAGUUAAACUAUUUUACACCUUA